CUUUCAUGCUUCUUGUGUCUUCUUUGAGUUGAAUCUCACCUCUCGACUGUUCUUAUACCUCGCUUCAUCGUCCAACCACGAGAACCACAUCUCGAUUCGUGGUAUCGUCUCUGACCGAGGCUUCGGAGCUAUUUAUCCCCUGUCGUCCGUUUCUGGACCACGUCGACUCGUGUUAUCGUUCUUUCAUGUGAACGUGGCCGAUUCUCCCGCCCUGAGCAACAUGCGCCUGGACCUCUCUUGAUCCUUCUUUGUCUCGUCAUCAAAGCUCCCCGAAGAUUCGACCGACGACAUCUGAUAAACCUACGAUAAAUCAAACCUUGGUCUGGUCAUCAUGAUAGAUCACGUCCUCGGGCGGCCUUCGGCCAAGUCCCGACGUCUCCAGGUUCUCGCCGUCCUGACCUUUUGGUCUGCCUACCUCGUCAAGGGCCACAAGCAUGGUCCUCCCGGCGCCAAGAUGCUCUCUAGGGUCUUUUCUAAGCGACUCACGGCAUGGCAGACCUUUGUCAUCACCAUGCUCUACCUAUACGCCGCCCGUAACUUCAGCGCCCUCGUCGGCCUGGCUAGCCCGGAGCCCAUGGCCAAUAUGUACGACGCCAACUACUUCCGCGCCACAUGGGUUCUCACUGCCCUGGACGCUGGUUUCUGGACGGCAAUGAAGAUCCGGUCCAAGUGGCUGCGCGACUUGGCGAGCAUAGUCUUCUCCCUCUUUUAUCUUGUGGCAGCCGAAAAGGCCGACGAAAAGGUCCGCAAGGUCAGGGGCAUGAUUACCGUCGAACACCUCCGCGUCUCUUGGAACAAGGGCACGUCCCCAUAUCUGAGCUUCUUCCAGGGGCUCAUGCGUCCCCGUUUCAUGCGUUGGCCGCCGAGGCAGAUCCGAAUUCCGAGACCCGCCGAUAGUGACUACAAGGAGCCUGUGCUGGCAUGGCUAUACUAUGAUGGACCUCUGGCAGAGCUGGAGCGUCAUGACAGGUUGAUCCUGGAUAUCCCUGGCGGUGGUUUCGUUGCCAUGGACCCUCGAUGCAACGACGACAAGUUGUUCUCCUGGGCAGCAAAGUCGGGAUUGCCUGUCCUCAGUCUUGAUUACAAGAAGGCUCCCGAGUUUCCAUACCCCUAUGCUAUAAACGAAUGCUUCGACGUUUACACCACUAUUGUAAACACCAAGGGCAGAUGUGUAGGCCUACCUGGAACGGAAGUCCCCCGAGUCAUUAUUACAGGGGACAGUGCUGGAGGAAACCUCGCUGUUGCGGCAACGCUCAUGAUUCUUGAGACAAGACAUCCAGCUUUCCGUAGACCCUCGGGAAGAGCCGAGCUUCCAGCCCCAGAUGGUUUGGUUUGCUUCUAUCCUGCUCUGGAUAUGAAUAUCGGCAACUGGAUGACGGAUGAGCAAAUGUCGUUGAUUCGAGAUCGCAAGAUGAGAGGAACGAAUCGCACCAUCAUGCGUCGAAAGAGCAUGCAGUAUAAUGAUCUCGUGGGAACACCUCACCACUCUGAUGAUGAAGAGGAUGGUUCGCCACCACCUAAACUGAGUUUGUUGACAACCCAAGAAGCUUUGAUUGCAAACUCUCAAGGGCCUCGCAGUCCUCACCCCGAGUUCUCUCACGUUGGGCCUCGGUCUCUGAGUAUGCCCAAGGAGACUCCGGAGCCGAACGGAAAGCACUCAUCUCAUCAAGUUGAGCCUAUGAAGACGAGGCUCGCUACAUCGUCAAUGAUCUCGUACUUUAACGACAGGGUCCUCACCCCUGAGAUGAUGAGGGCCAUGAUCAUCUUGUACAUUGGGGCGCAUAACCGACCCGAUUUCUCGCAGGACUACCUCCUGAGCCCUGUGCUGGCACCCGAGGCCCUGCUGGUCGACUUUCCCAAGACGUAUUUUAUGACUGGCGAGCGAGAUCCGCUGGUUGACGACACCGUCAUCUUUGCGGGGAGACUGCGGCGAGCCAAGGAGGCGGCGUUCACUCAGGACCAAUCUGCAGCAAGAGGCCGUGGGGACUACAGGGAGGCGGAGUUCAAUGAUCGGGAUGCAGCCGAGGUGAUGCUGAUCCCUGGAACGUCUCAUGGCUUUAUGCAGUUCCCGACUGUAUAUCCGCCGGCGUGGAGACACUUUGAGAGGUGUAUCGACUGGUUUGAUCAGCUCUUUGAGCACGCCGAGGCUAUGAGACUGCAAAAGGUGAGGCGGUCUCAGAGAGACAGGGCUAGAUCCAAUGGCUUCGGACUCAAUGGAGACGAGGGACGGCAUCUUCGGACAGAAUCAAGUGGAGAGGAAGACAAGCCUCUCGAGAUUAGCAUGACAAAGAUGAACCAGAGAAGGAACUCAACGCAGACGCCACCUCAAGCGAAGCAGCAAUACUCGACACCAGCACAGGGUGAUGAUAGUGAGAGUGGAAACACGACACCACGGGUAUUGCCGAAUGGACAGGUGAAUGGGGAAAAGAACGGGAAGAACGGGAUUCGUCGGAAGAAGGAGAAAAGUCUUAGCAAGAGCAAGAACAAGAACAAGAGUCUCGUCAAGCUCAACAGCUCCGACGAUCUACUAGGGCGACGGAUGCAGGGACUGGCGAGCGGGCUGACGGGGAUGGGAAUGGGAGACGACGACUGAAGCAGAGGCCAGGUGGGUUCCCGAGAUUGGCCAUUUCGGAACAUGGAAGCUGAAGCAGGGCAAGGCUUUGCUCAGCGAGGGUCCAAGAGGUUGGAUCUCGGACACAAAGUUGCGGGCGCCGAGGAUGGGAUCUUGCGAUGGUGGUUAGAUGUCGAGGUGAGAUGUUCAUGCAGCGGGAUGAUGCGUAACCUGAUUGAUGUCUGGGUUGCGUCGGCGGGAAACGAUUUAUGGAGCCAAGGAAUGUCUGGAGGCCCAAGCUACAUGGCUAGGGAGGGUUGCUGGAGAGAUUGACGAUUUCUGUUGAAGGGCAUGGAUGUAUAUACAGUACCUUUGAAAGGUUACACGAAGACACGAAGAGUAGCUUUAGCAUGUUGGGCAGUUAGAGAAAGAAGGGAGACCCUUACGGGAAUGGCUGACACGGCUGGGUAUGAUUGGGCAUGUACGACAGUAGUCUUGACCUAGGAGACGGGUAUGUCCUGUAGAUCAUUAUGAUAACGCAGAGACCGAA